GCACCGAUUGCAGCAUCGCCUCCGGGGCGGAGGCGCAAGUCCGAAAACGUCGAGCCUGGGUCUGCGCGCGCCGUCUAUCUCGAGAAGAACCGAAAGGCUGCCAGCAAGUGCCGAAACAAGCAGAAAAAGCAGCAAGAGGAGCUCAUUGAGACGGCGCGCGACGUGGAGCGCAAGAACAGGGCCCUGAAAGCAGAGGUGGAGGUCCUCAAGGACGGCAUGAGAGAGCUGAUGGAGCUCGUGGGAAGACACACGAAUUGCCCAGAUAGCCGGCUCAGCACAUACGUGCAACGAGAGGCGGACCGGCUCGCAGCUGGAGCU